GUCAUCCUGAGCACGGCGUUGUGGGUGCGAGGAGGAGCUGCAUUCCGUUCUCAAGGGGAUACCGGACGUCCAUGCUGCAUGCUUAACGGCAUCUGCUUUCAUCUAGUCUUCAUGAGAAAGGAACCCCAGAGUCAGGAUGGUCCCAUUUUCCUCAUCAUCCAGACCCUUUUCCUGCUCAGAGGACCGUGGGAAUGCCCGAUAAUGGAGGAUCCUGAGAACAGCAGCACAAGAUUCCGCAGCCCAUGACAAAACGGCUUCUACUUUUCCUGUGAACUCCAACUCACGGGUUCAGGAGCAGCAGAAACACCUGGAAGAAGCUAGAUAAGCAGAACAGGGGAAUCGAGCUGUGAAACUAAGCUUUUCUCCUCAAACCGUUUUUUCGGCUCAGCCAUCUGUUUCCGCCACGAAGAGAGCAUUUGCUAUCGCUGCAGCCCAUCCAGACAGCUGGGUUCCUCCCGUCUUCCCUCUCUGAGGCUCAGUACCAUUGCAAAGGUACCGGAACCAUGGCGGACACCCUGAUCCAACUCCCCGUUGUUCAGAUUCAGGUCCCAGGGGAUCAUGGUGCGGAAGCAAGAUCAGGGCUUCGGGCUGGGGCAAAGGCGGCAGCACCUGGUACGUCGAAUCGCACCCCUCUCCCCACGUCCAGCCGCACGCCACGGCAAAGGCGUUUCCGAAUGCGUCGUUCCAGGGAUACACCGGGCGAGUGGGAGCCUGCAGCAGUGGAAACCAGGCUGCAACGUUCGGGAUCCACUUUCAAGGAGUACCUGCAGCUUCCCUCCAUCGAGAUCACGCCUUCGAGCGACGAGGAUGGACCGUGGUCAAAUUGCUCCACGCCCAGCGCCUCACCGCUUCGAAAGCGCUCCCUGCUCAGGCGCUGGCUGAAGGUGCGCGAGAAGAAAAACCGUGAUUGUGAAAGCAGCCAACAGAACAAUGUGCAGAGCAGCUAUGAGGACGACUCCGCCCACCCGUCACCGAAAACAACCCACUUCCUGAGUCCCUUCAUCCGCGACGACAGGUCUGACGGCGGAGGGGACAAGUUGAGCACUGGCAGUAACUCAAACCGGAGCACCCCAGCCUGCUCGCCAAUCCUCCGCAAGCGCUCCCGCUCACCAACACCGCAGAGCCCGGAGGGCGAGACCAUGGUGGAGAAGGGUUCCGACCACUCCUCUGACCGCUCUGCCUCCACCCCGGAGCAGGCUUCCCAGCGACCCUGCGGCCAGCUGCCCCACACCACUCGCACCGGAGGCACUGGCAGCGGCAGCGGAGGCAAGAACUCCAAGUCUCACAAGCGACUGUCCAAAAAAAGCCAGAGCUGGUACAACGUCUUGAGUCCCACCUACAAGCAGCGCAAUGAGGACUUUCGGAAGCUUUUCAAGCAGCUCCCAGACACAGAGCGGCUCAUCGUGGAUUACUCGUGCGCCCUGCAGAGGGACAUACUGCUGCAAGGCCGACUCUACCUCUCGGAAAACUGGAUCUGUUUCUACAGCAACAUCUUCCGCUGGGAAACGCUGCUAACGGUGAGACUCAAGGAUGUCUGCUCAAUGACGAAGGAGAAGACCGCCCGUCUCAUCCCAAAUGCUAUCCAGCUGUGUACUGACUCCGAAAAGCACUUCUUCACCUCAUUCGGAGCCAGGGACAGGACCUACAUGAUGAUGUUCAGGUUGUGGCAGAAUGCCCUGCUCGAUAAGCCCCUGUGUCCCAAGGAGCUGUGGCACUUUGUCCAUCAGUGUUACGGCAACGAGCUGGGCCUGACCAGCGAUGACGAGGACUAUGUUCCACCGGACGAAGACUUCAACACCAUGGGCUGCUGUCCGUCCCCCUGGUGCAGGUACUGCGAAGAGAUCCCAGCCGAGGAGAACGAGGUCAACGAAAGCACGUCCAAGAACAGCACCGAGGCCCGGCCCGAUCCUAGCCCGCAGCUGCCCCGCAAGCCCCCCCACAGCAACAACGAGCUGUCCGUCUCUUUUGACCUCCAGCCGCCAGACGAUUACUCAGGCUGUGUCCCAGAUGUGGACAUCCAGGCUGUCCCACUGUCCCUCAGUAAGACAGAGGAACACAGCGUCCCUGUCCUUUCCCCGUCACUUGAUUUGAACGACAAUGAGGACAUCCCCACGGAGCUCAGCGACUCAUCAGAGACGCAUGACGAAGGUGAGGUGCAGGCCUUCUAUGAGGACCUGAGCGGAAAGCAGUACAUCAACGAGGUGUACAAGGUCAGCGUGGACAAGAUGUUUGGUAUUCUCUUCACCGAGUCGCAGUUCAUGAAGGAUUUCCUGGAGCAGCGACGCUUUUCAGAUGUGAUGUACAGUCCCUGGAAGAAGAAGGAGGAGGAGGCGGGAAACCAGAUGCGUGAGAUCCGGUACACCAUCUCCCUGACCAAUCCCCUGGCGCCCAAGACAGCAACUGUCACCGAGACACAGACGCUGUACAAGGCGAGUCAGGAGGGAGAGUGCUACGUGAUCGACGCGGAGGUGAUCGCGCACGACGUCCCGUACCACGACUACUUCUACACCCUCAACCGCUACAUGCUGACACGUGUGGCCAAGAACAGGUGUCGUCUCAGGGUGUCUACGGAACUCCGGUACAAGAAGCAGCCUUGGGGGCUUGUGAAGGGAUUCAUUGAGAGGAACUUCUGGAGCGGCCUGGACGAGUACUUCAGGCACUUAGAGCUGGAGCUCAGCAGGAUGGAGGCCUCUCUAACAGAGUCGCUUCAGCUGUCACCGAAGCCCAAGGCAGUGCGGGUUUCCGCAGGACGCCGGCGGAAGCGCACCCUGGCCCAUCUCCGCACCCAGCACCUGGACGAAGCCCUCAGCCCCGUGACCACACCUGAGGACGAGGAGGUCCUCCAUCGUGUCAGACAUGUGGCAGGUUCCACUCAGACGAGACACAACCCAGAGCAGAUUUCUGGAGGCCUGGCUCUGUAUAGCGUCUCCAGACUCCUGGUCAUUGUCAGUUUCGUCCUGGUGCUGCUGGUCUUCCUUAACAUGAUGCUGUUCUACAAACUGUGGAUGCUGGAACACACCACCCAGAGCCUGGCUACCUGGCCGGGCCUACAGCCUCAGGAGAGGUUGCCGGAGUCGCAGGUGGAGUGGGCUCAGCUUCUGGAAUCGCAGCAGCGCUACCAUGACGACGAGCUGCAAAAGUGGAGGGAGAUCAUCAAGUCCUCGGUCCUGCUGCUGGAUCAGAUGAAGGACUCCCUGCUAAACCUGCAGAAGGGCAUCGGCCUGCGGGACUACAGCUCCGACACAGAGGAGAAAAGAAGUCGAUAUCACUGAGCGGUGCCCCCUCGCCGCUAGAAAGUGGCACUCAGCCGUGGGACACGCAAGAACGGCCGAUACGCGACCAUCGCAACGAAGGGGACCCGUCUGCUGUUGCUGCUGCUACCCCUAACCGACAACGGUUUGACCUCUGACCCCUGGAGAGGAAGUGCUCCCUCUAGUGACAAGGAGUGGAAGUGCUGUGAACAAUGGCCCUUCCUCCAAUAGCAACGCUGCUAACCUCGACCUAAAUUACCCCCCCCCACGUUUAAGAGUAUUAUGCUGUUAGCUUUUACCACUUACGGAGAAAGAAACGGCCGACAAAAAACAAAAGACAGCAUGCAGUUUUACCUUCACGAGGAUUCUUCUCAAGGAAGAUUCAUAGAACACCUCUUAAAGAAUGCUUAACCCAAAUAAGGGCGAAUAGGACGAGGACAUUUUUUUAGUUUCUGUGGCAUCCAGGAGCUCUUUGACUGUUCUAGGUAGAGCACAUACCCCCCAGCCCCCCCCAGCUGGUCACAGUCGCAGUACCACAUUUUUAGCGUUUCCGGAUCAUGGGACCACCGACAGAAUAUCAAAGCAGUACGCAGACGCAGUCGUCCGUCAUUUCUCAGACUGGAGAAAACAAAAGUGCAUCUAUGUAUAUAUGAUACAAAAAUCAGCGUACAGAUAUAGGUUUUCUAUCGAAAGCGUCUUUGCUGGCAGGAGAAAUCAGGGCUGGUUUCCCUGAUACUGUAGCCCGUGCCAUGUUCUAUUUACACGUUUGUAGCAAAAAAUGUCCUUGUCAGAAGUGUCAAAGUUGAUCCGAACGGCUUCGCCCUAGUAGUCGGAAACCUCCGAGUCGGUCUGGUCUACGGCAGCAGUGAAUCGUGGGUAAUCGGAGGCGAGGGGUGCAAAGAAGGCCUCGGUACGUGCAGGGGCCCGUAGGUUCAGAAACGCGCCUCCGUGUUCGGAAGCGUACCGCCCCCUCUCGCCCGAGCCGCGAUGAGCCGAACGUACCCGCGACCGUCGUCCCAGAUGCAGCUCCGCACGAGGACGUCGUACGAAACGUUCACAGGGGCGGUUCAUUCGUAAAGUGUUGCGUCUGCUUUCACUUUUUUUUUUUUUUUUUUUUUUGGGCCAAGUUGCGUUGGCGUCGGUCACGGGUCAUCCGCGGCUGACGCAAAAAGUUAGCUUCGGCCCUUGUUUACGUGGCCGCGUUUCCGGAAGCUUCGCUCUCAUUUUUCACUUGUUUUUGUGCUAAUAUUAACGAGCACGCAAUAAUGUUUUUGCUGCAAAGGGCUGAUCGCCGGUGUCGCGCGAGGAUCGGACCGCGGGUCCGCCGUGAGGUCGCGAUGCGCUCGCAAGCACGUUCCAGCUGUGAAACGAAUAUAUAAAUGUAUAGGGAACGAACAAGCGGCGCCAGUUUUGUUGUUCCAUCUUUGGACACAAGGUUCUUUUUAGGUUUACCCAGCUAUGACGGUCCACGGUGGCUGGAGCGGCUUCGACUGGCCUCGCGGAAAGAGCUUUUUUAACCAGUCGCUCUUUCAGGAUCCCCGUCAGGUUGACGGUGUCCUCGAAAUCCAGAAGUUUCUUGAUGACGUUUCAACAGGGGGGACGGUAACCGUGGUUACUUCAGACUCGGUCUCGGAGACGGAAGCGAUGCCGCCGCCGGGCCGAGCAUGGUGACCGUUUCUCUGAGCCUUUAAUUUAUUUAAUAAGAAAAAAACAAAACUGUGAAGAGUGAGUAAACAUGCUUGAAGAUGGAAGAGAGGAAUUGGGAUAGAUAUAUUAAUAAUUAGGAGGAGGAUAUUUAUUAAGUAUUUAUACUUUAUUUCAAGAGCACCCUGAGCUCAGGGCAUGUGGGAGAAGUGAAACGGGGGGGGGGGGUGUUUGUUUCACAUGUCACAUGGACAUUCCAACAUGCUGUGUUCGUGUCAUGCAUAUGUGUGAGGUGUGUCCACUGUCCCAGGUUUAUUUCUUUGUUAGGUUUUUGUGUUCCCCCCCCAUAAUCAUUGUAAAGAUGCUCUUUUUUUGCACAUCAGGACACGGUGGGUCACAUCACAGCACCCCGGGGGAUCAGAGCUCCUCUUGUCAGUAUCGUGGGAUCCAUCCGCCUGACCUCAUUACCCUUAAAGUCAACACUGGAACCGUUCGUAUUAAAUUUAGCUGCCAAGGUGAACCUUUGGAUAAACGUUACGUUUCGGAUUUCUAACGUUACGCUUUUAUCCAGUCAUCGCAUGAGCGCAUCAUUUUCUCAUGUCAGUCAACCCGUACUCGAGGGUAUAGCAGCUUCUCCUUCUGGGAACUAAAUUUGAGAUUUUUUGUCACAUAUCAUGUUUGUUGAGCACUGAAUCACCUGUGAUUUACAAACACAAGAAUGACAGCCUCUUUCUAGGGAGUCUGCGUUCAUCUGGACACCGGAUCAGAUGAAUCGUUGAGAGCUCCGGUCUCCCAGAAAGUGAUGGACAGGAAUUUGUACGUGGCCCUUAGCAGAGAUGCACACGGACCCGAAAGAGAGAGGUUCCUAAAGUGCAUCUUCCUGUCGGCUCCAGUCUGUGACCUUGCACGCCCUCUAACCCGGGGCCCUUCGUGCGUGUCGCUCCCCGAGAACAGUUCUCCAGGCAGCAGGAGCUUUAACAUGCAAACAGUCAUUCGUACACACAAUCAGCAUUGAGUGUGUUAUCACCGCAGUGUUUCCGUAGCAAUAAGGUGUUUUACACCCGAACUACCCUAACCUGUGUUUAUUGCUGAGCAAGCAGAAGUGUUGCAGCGAAGGGGGUCUAUCUUUGGGACAGUUUUAGAAGAUCCAAAUCCGCCACACGUGUAUUCUGUGUAAAUGUGUGUCCCGGUGCCUUGGUGCAGCUGGAAAGGAGGAGCGUGUCCCCGCAGGUAAAGGUGCAGCAUCUCACAGGCGGGCGUGAGAGACUGAGAACCUCCUUCACGUGUGGGAUGGAGACGGGAGUGUGUCUCAGUGUCGGUGUAACUGAUGACUAAUGACAGCGAGUGCGUCCCCUGACACGUUCUCCUAGACAGGUGUGGGGCCGAUGCCACUCUGAGCGUGCGCGUGGAUUUGCAUAGGACGUCAAACCUUUCAUCUUACCGUAAUUCAUAAAAGAAGAAGAUGGCUUGCGGGGUUAUGGAAAUGACAUGCCAACCGCCACACGUGCCAUGUGUGCCCCCCGAGUCCAGCCCGACUGCAGGCUUUGCGGAUGAUUGCGGACGCGUGUGAUGAUGGAGCAGUUCUGAUGAUCGUGAGCAUCUGUUGUAGAGACACAAUCCCUUGUGCUGCGUGUUUUGUCUGUUGCAUGUGUCCACCAGCAGCAGCCCUUGUGUGUGGGACACGUGUGAACGUAUUGCACUGUGUUACCCAAAACCAAAGCCCAAGCCCGUGUUUGCGUGCACACGGUCACCAUGCGUGGUAUGAUUAUCAAUUUGAAGUGAGGGGGCGGGGCUUGAGUGUGGAUCGGCCAAUGAGAUGAGCGUUUCCCUCACGGAGCGGGGAACAGGUUUGUGUUGCCGGUGUCACCCUUGGGGACUUUGCCAUAGUUAAUCGAUUAAUUUUUUUUUAAAUACUUCAGUCGUAGAAAAAGCCAGAGUCUCACGGGCCGGGAAGGGGUCGUUGCUGCUCAGCGGUGUACCGCGUUAAAGGACCUCACGGGACCAUGCUGUGCCCAGGGGUCUGCCAGGGAUCGGGCUGCCCGUGCACCAAUAUCUGUGAGAG